AUGGGUGCCUGCGUGAGCAGUGGCAGCAACGAGGAAGGAGAUCAGAAGAAGCGGAGUCAGGCGAUCGAUCGGACACUAGAGGAGGACUCGAAGAAGCUACGGCGAGAAUGCAAGAUUCUGCUAUUAGGUUCUGGCGAGAGCGGGAAGAGCACGAUAGUGAAGCAGAUGAAGAUCAUACAUCAGAAUGGCUACUCACGGGACGAGCUGGCCAUGUACCGGCAUACCAUCUACAAGAACCUGGUGGACUGCGCAAAGGCGCUGAUAGGCGCGAUGCGACAGUUCGAGGUCGAGGUAGAAGACCCCGCGAACCGAGAACGAUGCGAGUAUAUCAUGGAGUACGCAGUAGACCCAGAUCCACAGCAAGCCUUGGAUCCGAGGAUAGGCGAGGCCGUAUCACAUCUGUGGAAGGAUCCGUGUAUAAGCAAAGUCUUGGAGCACCAGAAUGAGUUCUAUCUCAUGGACUCCGCGCCAUACUUCUUCGACGAGGUAGAGCGAAUAUCGACACCGGACUUUGAGCCCACAGAGGCGGAUGUGCUGAGAGCGCGAACAAAGACGACUGGUAUCUACGAGACCCGGUUUCAGAUGCAGCAACUCAGUAUACACAUGUUCGAUGUUGGUGGCCAAAGGAGUGAACGGAAGAAGUGGAUACACUGCUUCGAGAACGUCACAUCAAUCAUCUUCUGCGUGGCGUUGAGCGAGUACGACCAGGUCUUACUGGAGGAGAGCAGCCAAAACCGUAUGAUGGAAUCGCUGGUUCUCUUCGACUCCGUGGUCAAUUCGAGAUGGUUCAUGCGGACUUCCAUUAUCUUGUUUCUGAACAAAGUCGACUUGUUCCGGGCCAAGCUUAAGAAAUCGCCACUCGCCAACUACUUCCCGGACUACUCUGGAGGCGAUGAUGUCAAUCGAGCAGCGAAAUAUUUGCUGUGGAGAUUCAACCAGGUGAACAGGGCACAUCUCAACCUUUAUCCUCAUUUGACACAAGCGACCGACACCUCGAACAUUCGACUAGUCUUCGCCGCUGUCAAGGAGACGAUACUGCAGAACGCUCUCAAGGACUCCGGUAUACUCUGA